CCUUCCGUUCCCAUUCAGGUUUCCGCCGAGACUACAGCCCAGGUGGAAGUAGUGUGAGGCUUGUGGGCGGAGCUGAAUGCAGCUAUGUCUGCGGCCCUGCUGCGGCGGGGUCUGGAGCUGCUCGCGGAGUCCGAGGCCCCGCGGGCCGCGCCAGGCCAGGCCAAGCCGAGCGGGUCUUCGGUGAAGCAGGCCCAGAAGGGGAAGGUGACCCGGACCCAGAAACUGCGGAACUCGGCCAAAGGAAAAGUGCCCAAGUCGGCUCUAGCUGAGUACCAGAAGCGAGAAUGUCGAGACCACCUCAGAGAAAACCUGAAGUUUAUGACCAGUUCAAGAAGCACCGUGGCUGAGUCCAUGACCCAGCAGAUUCUGCGCCAGAACCGGGGUCGCAAGGCCUGUGACCAGCCUGUGGCCAAAACUAAGAAGAAGAAGAAGGCUGAGGGCACCGUGUUCACCGAGGGAGAUUUCCAGAAGUUCCAGCAGGAAUACUUUGGCAGCUAAGCUUCCUGGAGGGAUCUCCUGCUCAGGCUGCCUCUGUUUGCCGGGACCCCAAGCACCAUGCACCACUCGGCCAACAGAGGGCGCUGAGGAACUGGCCUGGCUGGAAAAGGCCCUGGAGCUGGAGCUAUUGGGCGCUGGAAUGGAGCUGGCCAGGAACAAGUCCUGGGGAGGAUGCCAUUCAGGCCAGAGCUGACUUGCGCAAGCUUGGGGAGAACCAUCUGCACCUGCCAAAAAGAAACGUUUCUGACUGUUUUGUUUGGUCUUGCCUAGAUAGGGCGUCUGGGCUGUUUGCUGUAGAACAAGGCCAGUUACUGGGCUCUUGGGGGCCACACCUCCAGGAGCAGGAAGAAGUCUUCUGGGUCCUAAUAAAUAUGGACCCAAGA